AACGAUUAUCGGGGAUCACUAGGCUCAACACAAGCGAAUCAAAUUGAACACAAAAUAGUUUAUUUUGUUUGCUUCUGAAAUAUAAAGUUUUGGCAAUUGAAUUUGGGCUUCGAAUUCAUUUGAAUAAAUGAAAUUCCACUGGAGGAGUGAAAUGGCGUUAAUUAGCAACAACCUUGAACGAUGUAACUUUUGUUCUGAUAUAUGCAAUGAGGAAUUUCGUCAUGUGCUGGUCCCCAAUAACCGCGAAUCGCAGAAGCUAAAGACUAUGUUGCAGAAACUGGGCAGUUUCACACCCCAGUUGAGCAGUUAUCUCACGUGUGACAAAUGCCGCCAACAGCUCAUAAUUUCCCAGAACAUCCCCGAGAACUGCUUCCAAAGUUUGCCAAGCGCUGAUGACAUCAACAUCAAAAUGGAACCAGAAUUAAUGAUUGAUGAUCACGAGUUGCUGGAUAACGAUCAAAUUGUUGAGACAGACCCAACGCUGGAUUUAGGGCCAAGACAACAAACCAAGGGAGAAGAAGGAGAGAUGUUCUACAUCAGCGAAAUAGACCAGGAUGGCGACAAUAUAUCACUGACUGCUAGGACAAAUACACAAAGGAAAAGUGAUUUGAGUGUUUUACAGAAGAAAGUUCCAUCAACUUCAGUCCGUCAUAAAUAUAAGGAAGGUUUCGCCGACGAAAGGUCGAUGAAAGACCCCACACGGUUACACUCGGGAAAGGAUCCGCUUAAAUGUGAAAAAUGUGAAAAAACACUUCGCUCAAAAUUGGGACUCAAAUUGCACGUUCGAACUCAUACGGGUGAACGUCCUUAUUCUUGUUCUUAUUGUCCAAAGGCGUUCAUAUACACUUCAGGGCUCCGAGCGCACAUUCGAACUCAUACAGGUGAACGUCCCUAUGCUUGCCAACAUUGUCCGAAAGCGUUUAAGAACCAUUCAGCACUGCAAGUGCACAUUCGAACCCAUACAGGUGAACGUUCCUAUUCGUGCCCACACUGCUCGAAAGCGUUCAGGCUUUCAACAACGCUCAAAAUACACAUUCUGACUCAUACGGACGAACGUCCCUACACUUGCCCACAUUGUCCGAAAGCGUUUAGGAGUCAUUCGGCGAUCCAAACGCACAUUCGAUCACAUACGGGUGAACGCCCGCAUGUUUGCCCACAUUGUCCGAAAGCGUUUAGGAGUCAUUCGGCGAUCCAAACGCACAUUCGAUUACAUACGGGUGAACUCCCGUAUGUUUGCCCACAUUGCCCGAAAGCGUUGAAGAGUCAUUCAGCACUCCAAGCGCACAUUCGAACUCAUACGGAUGAACGCCCUCAUUCUUGUUCAUAUUGUGCGAAAUCUUUCAGUCUACGUGCAACGCUCGAAGAGCACAUUCGAAUUCAUACAGGUGAACGUCCCUAUUUGUGUUCACAUUGUUCCAAAACGUUUGCGCGAUCUUCAAAUCUAAGAAGACACCUGAAAUCACACGGUAAAGAUGCAGGCGGUUUAGGGCAGGAAUCAUCAGUGACCGUAGAGGAAGAGGUAACUGGAUGCUGAAAAACCCAUGUGUCGUUGAUUGAAGAACAAAACGAAUGAAACUAUGGACUAAUAAAAAGAAUAGAUAUUCGUAAAAAAAACAUACUAGAAAAAAUGGUUUGAAUAGCACGUUUUCAAUAAUCACGGUGUUCGACGACGUGUGGUCAAAUUCAUAUAGAACAAUUCCACAUCAAAUCAGCCGGCUGCUGACCCGACCUUCUCCGAUUUUUUUUUAACUUGGUACUUAUGAUGGAAGCUUUCCAAAAACACCAUUUUCAUUAUCAAAUGACCAAUUUAAAUUACGACUGAUUUUUGAAAAGGGUGUAAUCGAAAUUAAAGAUCUUUCUUUCAAAAAAUCGUAACUCAAAGUCCAGAUGUCUGCUUAAUAUGAUGUUCGACAAAGUUGUUGGAAAAUCAAUGAAUUAUUUAGGAAACAUAACAGUUCAAAUGCACUGUUAAAAAAUCUUACUCAAAAAUUUCAAUUUUUUUUAUUAAAAACUUUAUAUCUCAAAACACCACCCUUCGAUAUUUUUUUGUAUAUUUGUAGUGGAAAGCUCUUUCAAUUUAACAAAGUUUUACGUACAGUGGUGCUGUGGUAAAUUCACCAAAAUGGAGAUAUGAAUUUUUGAAAAUAUAUGAAAUUUCAAUACUAUGUAAAAUCGUAACAAUUUAAGAAAAGUAAUAUGAAAAAUGGAAUCUACAUACGAUUCAACAUAAAAACUUACAUAUAACGUUUUGUUCUGGCACCAACCGUUCUCGAGAUAUAAUCAUUUUUUAUAGUGAAAACGAUGCCAGUUAAAUUUCGACACGAUGUCGGAACAUGUAUUUGUUGUUAGUUUAUUUAUUGUUAUUUCCAUCCAAAAUUCUUUCACAUAUCAUUUAUAUUUGCAAAAAACAAUAGACACAAAAGAAUAAUAUUUUUCGACUUUUAUUUAUUUCAACUAUGAUUAUUUAUAUACAGGAAAUAUUUCAGGUUCUUCUUUGGAAUUAGAAUAUAUCUCAGCUGUUAUCUUGUCACAAGAAAUAGGUAUAAAUGAAUGAUAUUUAUGAGUACCAGGAAUUGAUUUCUUUUUCUUAGAAAUCUGUUCAAAUUUCUCUUCAACUAAUCUAUAAUCAUCUUUAGAAACAUAACAGAAGGAUUUUUAGCUUUAAAAUUCUGCUUACAAUCAUAAAGUUCUUUUGAAUUUUUCAGCGGAUGCUCAUGCUGCCUUGCGAAACUAGCUCUUCUUGCCAUUCGUUUCAAAGUUCCUCCUAUUGCAUCACAUGAACCUUUGCCAUGUAUAGUUGCAAAAAAAUGCCAUUCAUCUUCUAAACCAUGGCAUCUCGUGAAUUCACAUAGACUAACAAAGUUUUUUCUAUUCUUGUACUGAGAAGCAGCACCAUCUGACAAAAAGAUGCACGUUUUAUAGAUAUAGUCGAUUUCAAAUGCCCCAAUAACUUCGAUAUAAACAGCUGUACUGCAACGGUAUCAUGUUUCAAAACCUCCGACAUGACAACAAAGCUCAAGUUUUGUAGUGUACCAUUAACAUUGGAAUAAACUACAAACGGAUGUAUUGUGCACUGGGAAUUAUUCAAAUGAUAGCUCUGAACCUCAUCUUGUAAAACGAAAGUAUAAUUUUUGGAAAAAUCACAUAUUAUUAUAACUUCCCCUUCUGCCAAACAUUGUUUUCUUGUUUCUGAAAAUUUUGAAAAUCUUGCGAUCGCACCGCAAAUAGCGAAGGGGUGAUUUUUCAUUCAAACUGAAAUAUCUCUGUAUGGGAAGGUCCUACAGGUCCUACAACAAAUGAAAGCUGGUUGAUAAGGUUAAUGGAUCUGCUGUCGAUUUGGUUAGCAAAAAAUUGUUUUAGUCCAGAAAGUCUUUGAAGAAACAGAGUAUAUUCGAUUUUUCAUUUCUUCCCGAUGUUGUUGCCCACCAAGAUAAAAAUAUUUACGUAAAAUAUUCUAAUACCUAAUACCUUUUAGCUUCAAAAUGUUGUACAUCCCAUCAAUAUGCGUUUAUUGUUCACGAAGUUACAGCAUGUCAAAAAUCACUUAAAAUUUCCGACUUCGCACUCUAUUCCUCUAAUUUUGUUGUCCAGUUUAUAUCGAAAUUGGUCAUUCUUAGGACAAUAAACUUUGUACAGUUUUUCAUGCAAAAUUGCGUGUAGAAUCGGUUUAUUGUAUUACUUUUCUUGUGAAGCUAAAAUUUAUCAUACUGAAAUUUCAUAAAUUUUCAAAAAUUCGUAUCUCUAUUUAGAAAAGUUUACCACGCCACCACUGUACAUCAAAUUUGUUAAAUUGGAAGGGUUUUCUAAUAAAAAUAUACAAAAAAAAAUAUCGAAGAGGGUGUGUUUUGAGAUAUAAAAGUUUUUAAUAUAAAAUUGAAUUUUUGAGUAAGAUUUUUUAGUUCAUAAAUUUUCCAACAAUUUUUUCGAACAUCAUAUUUUGAUCAGACAUCUGGAUUUCGAGUUACGAUUUUUUGAAAGAAAGACCAAUCAUUUCGAUUACGCCCUUUUCAAAAAUCAGUCGUAAUUUAAAUUGGUCGUAUGAUAGUGAAAAUUGUGUUUUUGGGUAGCUUCCAUCAUAAGUACCAAGUUUUAAAAAAAUCGGAGAGGGUCGGGUCAAAAUUUGCUGUUGGCUGAUUUGGCGUGGAAUUGCUCUAUAGGUAUGUACUACUGAUUGGGAGUAUUGAAGACGAUUUAGUUGCACCACAGUUUUAACUCUUCUUCUGCGUCGUCGCAGUGAGUUUGAUUCUCAAAAUUCGUUGAUUUACUGUUGGAAACGUGGAAAUCUUACUCCCAUAGAAGGCUUACUGAUGUCAGUUGGCAUCACGUCGACACUGGGAGAACGGAAGAGAGCUGUACGUCGAACUGUAUGUCAGUAAGUCAGUCAGUCAUAAUUAGUAAGCAACACAUGUUAUAGAGU